CAUCGUGCGUGCAGCCCGAGGAUCAGCGCCUUCGCGUUGCCGCAUAACUGGGUUACACUGAUAUACGGCUGGCGUCUAGGGCUCAUCAAUAGCACAGCUGGCUCUGCUGCACGCAGCGUCGCUCGUGGUGCCCCUGAGGCCGAAUAACAGCUCUGCAUAGAUCCACACGCUGUAGAGCUGUAAACGCGGAGCCACCCAGAGCGACAACAACACCACAGAAAGAUGUCAAUCAUAGCCACCUUCGCGCGGGCGAACCCCAUGGCCUUUGGUGUUGGUUUUAGCUGCGCGAAGACGUCCGUCUCCGAUUUGGUGGUCCAAGUCUUCGUGGAGCGACGAGAAAAUAUUGAUUGGAAGCGCAACGCGGCCUUCGCGUCGUUUGGAUUCGGGUAUCUAGGUAUCGUGCAGUACUCGUUAUACGUCCCAGUAUUUUCACGGCUCUUCCCGCAAGCGGAGAAAUUUGCCGCCAAGUCCCUGAGGGAAAAGGCCGCCGACUUCAAGGGCCAGGCCGCUCUAGCCGCGCAAGUCUUCCUCGACCAGUGCGUGCACCACCCGUUCAUGUACUUCCCGGCGUUCUACAUGACGAAGGAGGUAGUAUGCCUUGGUAUGGAAGCCUCACCGACAAAGGUCUACGAGAGGUGGUCCGAGAACUUCUGGCCGGACCUGUUUGCGCUCUGGAAGCUCUGGGUGCCGGCGACGGCCAUGAACUUCGCCUUUUCUCCCAUGUGGAUGCGGAUUCCGGUCGUCGCCUCGACGUCGCUGAUCUGGACUUGCAUCCUGUCUUCCAUGCGGGGCGGGUCCGACGAGACCGCGGCGGAAGUGAACGCGGAAGUCUUGCACGAGAAGGACGAGGAGCGGGGCGGGGAAGUGAUGCUUGGUUUUGGAGGUGUCGAUGCGAGAGCGGCCGAGUUGUUUGCCCAGGGCCUGGCUCGUAGGGUUUCGAAUGUUGAUGAUUACUUGGAGAAGUCUCCGGUGGUGCGGUCGUUGACUCGGCGAGUGACGCCCGCCGAGCAGCAGGAACCCAAGCCCGUCCAGACCCAAGGUCUGGCCCACUUAUGCGUGACGGCGUCGGGUAGAGAUCGGGUCGGUCUCGUGACGCAAUUGUCGAAGUGGAUCUACGAUCGGGGCGGUAGCAUAACCGGUAGCAAGAUGCUUCGGAUGAAUGAUGAUUUUACGGUCGUGAUGCACGUUAUAUCCAAGGACAAGACGUCGGCGUCGCAUUUGCGGGCGGACUUGUUGCUGGGCGAGGGCGCGACCAAGGACUUGAGCGGCUUGCACGUGACGGCGCGCGAGAUCAAGCCGAGUUCUCAUCCUGGUAGUAUGCGCGAAGCUCGCGUGCGGUGCACGGGCUACGAUCGACCGGGCAUCGUGUAUCAAGUGACCGAAGUCUUGGCUUCGGCGGGUUUCAACAUUGAUGAGUUGACCACAGAUACUAUAAGAGUAUCUGGGAAAGAUGGCAAAACGAGACCCUUCUUCCUGCUCGAGGGCGUCGUGACGGCGCCCGAGAAGGUACCCAUCCAGGCCUUCGAGAAGAAGCUCGAGGGCCUGCGUUCUUCAUUAGAUGCGAAGAUCACGGUGACGUGGUCCUAGCCGUCUUCGUGUAAUGAUAUAUAUAGUC